AUAAGACGACAUAGAAGAGUAUAGCAACUUAUCGUGAAUUUUAUUGGCAUCGCUUUGUAUUCAGUGAUGUUCCCGACUGACCGAGCAACAUGUUUCCCACCCCCACCACGUCUCCGACCCAAUUGUAAUGCAGCGGCGGGCGCGGGUCCGGCGCGCCGCGCGGGCAUUGUGAGACGGCCGCCGCACCCGCCGCCACCUGCCGCCAUCUGCCGCGCGCUAUGGUCUGCGACCAGGCGCUGCACGCCUCAUCGCCUCACGCGCCGCGCAAGUCGUUGCGCCGCCUCGCUUCCACUCGAGGAUUCAAACCGCGACCGGUCAACGAAUAUGGCUGGAUACGCGUUUUUGAAGGUCUUGAGCCUUUCGCCGUUGAUGCUCCCAGCAAACUUAUCAAGGUCACCCUAAACACUACCGUCGAAGAAGUUAACAGAAACCUUGGCUUUGUUGAUGAGCUAUCCCUCUGGAUGCAAAUUGGUGGCGAGAAUGCGCGACGAUUGGAACUGGACGAGUUUCCCCUUCGAAUUCAGGAGCAAUAUUUGGCGACUUGUGGAUGGAAUUCACAGGCCCGCAGGUUGAGGUUGGCUGUGGACCCUGAACUGCGACACUCGUUAAGGUGGUGCGCCGGUCCCGCUCCGCGCUCUGGAGGUGUUCUGAAAUCUGGCACGGUGUAUGUGCUCAAGGGGCACGUUUUUCCACAAUGGAAACCGAGAGCAGCUCACGUGAUAGGAUCCAGGUUGCAUUCUUAUGGUUCGAACUGGGAAAUGUUAGAACUAAGUGGCGGCAGUAUAGAGCUAUGCCAACCCAAAGCUCAAAGGCUGGUCCUCUGUGUGAAGCCGCGUUGUCAAGGGAACCCAGUGUCUGGAGACAACAGUAUGAAUCACCUGUUCCUGGGAUUCAGCACGAUUUGGGAGAGAAAUAUGUGGUUCUGCUGGUUGAAAGAGGGUACACAAAGCACACAACCUCCCAAUGUGUUGGACCUGAGCGGCGGUGGUAGAGCAUCCCUUGGAGCGGCGCUCGCGCAGCAUGCAGCCGGCGCGUUCACGGUGCGUGUGCUGCGCCUGCGCAGUAACGCCCUCACGGCCCUGCCACCCCAGGCCUGGACGCUACAAGCCCUCACACAUUUAGAUAUCAGUGAUAACAGGAUCACUGAAUUACCCCUGGAAAUAUGUCAGCUUACACAGUUGGAAGAGAUUCAGUUGAGUGACAACGAGUUGCGGUCGGUCGACUGUGUUCUCCGACUGCCGAGAUUAAGGACUCUGGUGGCUUCCAACAACGUUAUCAAUAGUUUUGGGGGUAGCAACAGAGUUCAAAUGGGGCCGGACGACGAAAAUAAAACGGAAUACCGCGCCCCCCUCACCACCGUCGACCUGCGCCAUAACAAACUCAAAGGAAGCAUCAUACUCGGUAAUUAUGAGCACCUUGUAUCCCUGGAUGUGUCAUAUAAUAGCGUGGAAGUGUUAGUUGUGUCGGCACUGCGUGGACUACGGGAGCUGUACGUGGCACACAAUACACUGCAGCACCUGGCCUUGCAUGGUGCUAUGCUGAGGACACUGCGGGCGCCAUACAACCAUUUAGAAACCCUAACGACAACCGUACCACCGAUAAACCUGGUUGAAAUAGACGUUUCACACAAUAAGUUGACAUCCUUACCGCAAUGGCUCAGCGGCUGCUCGGAUCUCACGACGCUCCAUGCCAGCAACAACCAGCUGACGUCACUUCCCGAACAUCUGUUCUGCAGUGAACUGUCCAGCCUCAGCAGCCUACACUUAGCCCACAACAAGAUCUCCAGUAUUCCUUCAAUGCCAAGACUUAGGUCUCCUUUACGGGAGUUACUUCUACAUGAUAACUGUAUACAGUCCUUACCAGAAAAUUUCUUCUCAGCUUGUGACAGACUGUGCGUUUUGAACCUAACAAACAAUCGGCUAAGUAGGUUGCCACACGCAAGAGGCCCCUCAUCACAUUGCUUGGAACGCCUCUAUUUAACAGCAAAUUGUCUUACGGAUGAAGUCGCAGAUGUGAUAAUAGCGUUUCGAGGACUAAAGAUACUCCAUAUUGCGUACAACUGUUUAACUAAUAUUCCCGAAGCAUGCAUUAACUUUUGGCCAGAUAUUGAAGAACUAGUCUUAUCUGGUAACUGUUUGUCAAAAUUACCUGAAAACUUGCCACAACUUAAUAAUAUUCGAGUCGUCAGAGCUCAUUCAAACAGGUUACGUUCAGUUCCAAUGUUUGCAUGUAGUGCUUCUGUCAAAAUUCUUGAUUUCGCACACAACGAACUAGACAGUAUUGAUUUACGACUACUUGCUCCAAAACAAUUGAAGUUUUUAGACAUAUCGUGUAACAAGAAAUUACAAGUAGAUCCUUCACAAUUUAGUGCUUACCGAUGUCAGCGUCCACUAAGUUUGGUCGAUGUCUCCGGAAAGCAUUCUUUGCCAUGGACACAAAAAAGUGGGUACCAUGAAGAAUUAAAUGGCUCGACGCCUUGGACAACAGGGUUCUCUGAAUGCCCUAACAAAUCAUUGCAGUUAUGUUGUUCUCAAAUCCGUCUUCCCUCCUUUUGCAAUCGGGAAGGUUUAUUCGCUAUCAUCGACGGUGAAACCGAUAUUGAAGUGCCAAAGAUCUUACAAACGUGUAUUCCCGGUCUCGUUCUAGAAGAGAAGUCAAUUAAGGAGACAGUAAACGAGUACAUGAAGUAUGUAGUGUUAUCUGCACAUAGAGAGCUCAAAGAAAAAGGACAGAAGAAAGGGGCGUGUUUGAUUUUGUGCCACUUAUCACCUAUGACUCCUCAAGAAAACGGAUUUGGUCAUACUUCUCGGAAAUAUACCUUAAGACUUGCGAAUGUUGGAGAUACUAAAGCAGUUCUCAGCAGAAGAAAUGGACCGUUAAGUUUAGGAAUCGAAAACAAUAAACGAUUAGGAUAUUCAACUCGGUAUCCUAACACUGUGCCGGACCCUGAUGUUAUUCAAACUGUCAUAAAGGAGGAUGACGAGUUUCUGAUAUUAGGUAAUGGUAAAUUUUGGAACGCUGUUAGUAUGGAAACUGCUGUUUCUGAAGUACGGGCUGAGCGAAAUCCCGUCCUUGCAGCUAAAAGAUUACAAGAUCUAGCUCAGAGUUAUGGUGUAGAGGACUGCAUUUCCGUUAUAAUAGUCCGCUUUGACGCUGCUCGCUCCGACGUAGAUUUAUUAAUGAGAGAAUUACGGCAAACUAUAAAUAGCAAUAAGUCUGUGUGUCGGUCGGAUUGCUGUUGCUCUCGUUUGGAACCUUGUUGUCAUUCAGUGUCGCCACCAAAACCAAGUAGUGAGAGGUCGUCACCGAGUGGCCAGAGUGAUCGACCUCCAAGCGAAGCUGUGAGCCACCAACACUAUGCUAGCGUACGGUCACCGCAUAGGCCAUCAGAGCGAAGGAGCUGUAGGGGAGGCGUCGCUCGUGCCAUCCGCGUUCGUGUCGAAGAAGACAAAGAGGAAAAUAAAGUUGAAGACUUACCCAACCCAGAAGAACAAUUUAAAUGCUGGGAAUACAUGCUUGAGCAAAACACGCAGAUGCUAUUUGACAAAGAACUAGACAACUUAUCAAAAGGAAUUAAAUCGAAUGUCAGUAGUCUAAGGAACUUGAAAGGUUUAUCAGGCAGCAGUCCGCAAUUGCAUUUAACCGGUAAGCAAUCAAAAGGCGUACCGUUUUUGUCCAAACAUUUCGGUAGCGCAAGAUCUUUUGGCAAUACACUGAAACCUGAUUUCCGUUUUGGUUCUGGAAGAUUGCCAAACGGAGGUCCGAACGCUGCAUAUUUCGGUUCACUGCAGCGGCUGAUGCCUUACCACUUGGAAUACGACUUUGCGGUUAUACAGGAAAAGUCAACACAAGACUCUUUGGACCUUGAAGGUCGUAUGCAGCAGUACUGGGGCGUGGCCACAACGGAACUUUAAUACAUUGUUAGCUCUAUGUUAGGUUAUGUAAGGUUUUAGAACUAAGUUGUAAAUAAAACUUUAUUGUAAUUACAUGUACAAUUAUUUAUAUAGAUACCAUUCAUCUGUCGACUAGAUUUUUUGCACAAAGUAUUAUAAUCACUAUGGACUUGCCUAUAUCAGCUAUUAAUUACUUAUCUUACUUUAAUUCUAUGUACAAUAUUGUGAUAAUUUCUGUCGAAUGUUAAAUAGUAAAUAAAUAUUGCGUUAUGCUACAUAAA